CCAGGGGUUUGAUUGAUAGAAUGAAUGAUUAUGAGUUUGUUUUUGCAUUGCACCUGAUGAAGUAUUUAUUGGGAAUCACAAAUGACUUGUCACUUGUUUUGCAACAAAGGGAUCAAAAUAUUGUCCAAGCCAUGAGUUUGAUUGAUACUAUGAAAUCUCAAUUGCAAGACUUUAGGGAAGAGGGAUGGCAAAUAAUUUUAGAUGAAGUCAACAAUUUUUGUGAGUUGAAUAUGAUUCCCGUGAUUGAUAUGGAAGACAGUAUAGCAAUCCGUGGCAAUGCCAGGCGCAGUCGCAGAGGUCAAACCAUCACUAAUUUUCAUCAUUAUCGCGUGGAAAUUUUUUGUGAGGUUGUUGAUUUAAUUAUACAAGAGAUGAAUAAUCGUUUCUCGGAAGUUAGCACGGAAUUGCUUAGUUGCAUAGCAUGUCUUGAUCCAAAAAGUUCUUUCUCUCAAUUCAAUGUGCAGAAACUACUCCGUCUUGCUGAUUUAUAUCCUGAAGACUUCUCAAGUAACGAUUAUUUAUAUCUUGAGUCUCAACUUCGAAAUUAUAUUUAUAAUGUGCAACGCGAUCCUCAAUUUUCAGAAGUUGGAGAUUUGGGAAGUCUUGCUCAACAAAUGGUUAAAACUGGUAAAAAUACAGUUUUUCCAUUGGUUUAUCGUCUGAUCCAGUUGGCAUUAGUUCUACCAGUUGCGACUGCUUCUGUUGAAAGAGUAUUUUCUGCAAUGAAUAUUGUCAAGACUGAUUUGCGCAACAAAAUGGGAGACGAGUGGAUGAAUGACUGUCUGGUUGUAUACAUCGAGAAGGAUAUUUUUGCAACAAUUGAAAAUGAGCAAAUAUUGCAGCGUUUUCAACGGAUGAAGACUCGCAGAAUGCAAUUGCCUCCUCUUCGUUAUUCGAGUGCAACAACUACCAAUACUUCAAGUGUUAAUCAAUAACAAAUUUUUGGGUAUGUA